ACCUCUUCAUAUAUAUUUUCCACACGCCAGCGUAAACCACAGUUCUCUUUCUCAAUCUUUGAACCUUCAUCUCUUACCAACAGAUAUAAAGCAGCUGAAGCAUCCAUAUCUGGCAAAUAGCUCUUAUUAUAGUACAAGUUGGAAAAGGGCCGUAACUAAACUAGUCUUAGGUUCAUCUUUAGUUUCCUUCAAUUCAGUACAUUUUCUUUCACUUUGUGAAUAUGUCAGCUGCCGUGCAAGCCAUGUCUGCAACCAAAGAUGUUGGUUUCAGUUCUCAAGUGCAGGAAGUGGAGUUGAAGACUAAUAGGAACAUAAACAAGGAUGCAGGCGCCAUAGCAACCCUGCAUCAUCAUGACGAAAAUGUUGAGGUUAAAGAUGAGGUUGAUGCAGAUGAAGAGGAUGAGCUUGCCACAUUGAAAUCUGACAAAGAAUUGGUCCUUGGCCCCAAGUUUUCUCUCAAGGAGCAGCUUGAUAAGGAUAAAGAUGAUGAGAGUUUGAGGAAAUGGAAGGCACAACUUCUCGGGAGUGUUGAUCUCUCUGCUGUUGGAGAGAGUAAAGAAGCAGAAGUGAGGAUUCUAAGCCUGACAAUGAUGUUCCGGGAUCGGCCUGAACUUGUGCUGCCUAUUCCAUUCACCAACAAACCAAAGAGCAGUCUUUUUACACUCAAAGGAGGAAGCAAGUACCGGACCAAGUUCACAUUCUCCGUCUCCAAAAACAUAGUAUCAGGCCUCAUGUACACCACCUCAGUCUGGAAGACUGGUGUCAAAGUUCACAGUUCAAAAAAAAUGAUUGGAACCUUUAGUCCUCAACAAGAUCCUUAUACAUAUGAAACAGAAGAGGAUACUACCCCUUCAGGCAUGUUUGCAAGGGGCUGGUAUUUUGUGAGAACAAAGUUUCUGGAUGAUGAUGGAAAAUGCUAUUUGGAUACCAGUUACUACUUUGAAAUCCAGAAGAACUGGGCAACACCCUCUUGAAGUCGUUUUCGUUUACGCAUAACAUUGUCAGAAUUAAUUGGCUUGGUGAUGGUUUCAAAAUGACCACUUUAAUGUAGUGAGUGAUGGCAAUAAUAUUUCUCUGGCAUGUUGUAUCUUAAUUCAGUUAAUUGUCACCAAUCUGGAAAAACUGCAAUCCAAAUUUCCAUUCAGUGUGUAAGCACUGUGCUGAUAACAUGCAAUCUCGUAUUGUAUUGUA